AUGGGAGGCGGACAAGGAGGAUACGGUGGUAUGAAUGGUGGUUACGGAGGUGGAGACUAUGGAGGCGGAUAUGGAGGCGGUGGAGGAAUGAUGGGAGGAGGAUACGGCGGAAUGGGAGGUGAUGGUUAUGGUGGAUAUGGCGGUGGCGGUUUUGGUGGCGGAAUGGGAGGAAAUAUGGGCGGAUAUGGUGGCGGCUACGGAGGCUACGGAGGUGGCAUGGGCGGCGGUGGUAUGGGAGGAGACUAUGGCGGCGGCUACGGCGGAAGCCCCUAUGGCGGUGGCGGCUAUGGAGGAGAUAUGGGUGGUGGUGGAGGAUGCCCUGGAGGUGGAUGUCGAGGAUAA